AUGAAUAGGGUGUGGGCGGCGUUCAGGGCCCGCCCGUACGUGGGCAACGUGGCGGGCUACACGGCGCUGUUCGCCUCCGCCGACGUCUUCCAGCAGAGCGUGCUGGGCCGGCGAGGCUCGCCCGGCGUGGACUGGCGCCAGACGGCCCGGGUGGCCGCCGUGGGCUUCUGUUUCCACGCCAACUUCAACUACCAAUGGCUGCGCUGGCUGGAGAGGAUGAUGCCCGGGGGCGGAGCCAAGGCGGUGGUGGGGAAGGUGGCGGUGGAUCAGCUGGUGGCGGCGCCGCUAACCAUCAGCGCCUUUUAUAUCGGUUUAAGUUUACUAGAAGACAAAGAAGACAUAUUUGAAGACUGGAGGCAGAAAUUCUUGACGUCUUACAAGACAGGUGUGCUGUUCUGGUCGAGCGUGCAGGCUCUCAACUUCUCCUUGGUUCCUCCCGUGGCUCGCACGGUGUUCCUGGGAGGCGCGUCUCUUCUCUUCACCAUCUACCUGUGUCACCUGCGCCAGCAUCAGGACCUCCAAGUCCAAAACAAAUGAAGGUGUUCCUGAGGUCAUCAGGACCUCCAAGUCCAACACAAAUGAAGGUGUUCCUGAGGUCAUCAGGACCUCCAAGUCCAAAACAAAUGAAGGUGUUCCUGAGGUCAUCAGGACCUCCAAGUCCAAAACAAAUGAAGGUGUU